UGACAAACACUAACGUGAAGGAGGCAGAAAGAAGCGUGUUACACAGGCUAAUAACGACUGGUUCAAGAUAUACGUAGUCUAUAUGCCAAAUAGCGUUUUGUUUGUUAUCAGUAUAUUUAUUUCUCAUUAAUUCAGUUUCAGAGAAAUAUUUAUUUCUAGCUUGCUAGCUCAGCGACGUUCAUAUCUGAGGGCGUCCGAUUUCCCCUCCUCUUCAGAGGCAUUACGAUGCCCUCUGAUUUCAUAUCCCUACUCAGCGCGGAUCUCGACCUGAAUUCCCCCAAAUCCCUAUAUUCCAAAGAAUCAGUGUAUGACCUUCUCCCCAAAGAGCUGCAGCUGCCAUCCUCCACUCAGCAAAACCCAGCAGCAGCCAUGAGCCAGAAGAGCGGUGGAGAGGCGGUUCCUUCUCCCUCAGCUCCCCUUGACUCAGAUGCCACCACCGUCUCCUCUUCUAUGACCAUGGGAGGCCCUCGCAGUGCUUUUCCCACCUCUUCCAGCUCCACCAUGCACUCCACUACUUCAGCCACCGACCAGACCUCUGCUCAUACCGGCAUCGCCGCUCCAGACGAAGGUGUAAGUAGCAGAGCGGCGGCCGAGAUGCUUGGAGCCGAGGGCGGGACUGGCAACAGUGGGAGUGCUGGUGGCGGCAGGGCUGGCGGCGAGAAAGGAGGAGGGGCAGGAUCCCUAGGUGGAGGAGGAAGAGGGGGGGCAUCCCAGGAGGCCCAGCAGCACCACCAGAUGACCCCCUCCAAGCGGCGGACGGUGCUGAACAUCUCGCCUCCGCCCGAGGACCUGUUUGACGACAGCCGCAUGUCCUGCCAGGAGGAUCAGCUCCAGGACUCCGAGCAGAGCAACAGCAUCUGGAUGGAUGACUCCACCUCUAACUUCAGCAUCGUCAGCUCCAGCUCCUACAACGACAACACUGAGGUGCCCCGGAAGUCCCGCAAGCGCACCCCCCGCCAGCGACCCGGGCCCAAGCCUGCCUCGGCCGAGGAGGCCAGCAUGGACGUGUUUGAUGCAGACAGUGCCAAAGGGCCUCACUUUGUGCUCUCACAGCUGGGCUCAGACAGCAAGGCCUGUACCAAAGGAAGUUCGGCAGAUGGCUCCCAAACAACCCAUCAGAAAGGUGGGACCCUAGUGAGCCAGUUCCCUCAGAAGAGUGAGGGCAAGGAGCUGAAGAUCCUGGUCCAGCCUGAGACCCAGCACAGAGCCCGCUACCUGACUGAGGGCAGCAGGGGGUCGGUGAAGGACCGCACUCAGCAGGGCUUCCCCACCCUAAAGCUGGAGGGUGUGAAUGAGGCAGUGGUGCUGCAGGUGUUUGUGGGUAAUGACGCUGGGCGUGUAAAGCCACAUGGGUUCUACCAGGCCUGCAGGGUGACGGGGCGCAACACCACAGCCUGCAAGGAGGUGGACAUCGAGGGCACUACUGUCAUUGAAGUGUCCCUGGACCCCAGCAAUAUUAUGACCCUGGCGGUGGACUGCGUGGGGAUCCUAAAGCUGCGUAACGCUGAUGUGGAAGCUCGUAUCGGGGUGGCCGGCUCCAAAAAGAAGAGCACACGUGCCAGGCUGGUGUUUCGGGUCAACAUCUCCAGGCCGGACGGCUCGGUGCUCACGUUACAGACACCGUCGUCCCCCAUCCUGUGCACCCAGCCUGCAGGGGUGCCUGAGAUUCUGAAGAAGUCCCUCCAUAGUUGCUCGGCGAGGGGGGAUGAGGAGGUCUUCAUCAUUGGGAAGAACUUCCUCAAGGACACCAAGGUCAUAUUCCAGGAAAAUGUGUCAGAUGAGAAGUCUUGGAAGGCAGAGGCUGAAAUUGACAUGGAGCUGUUUCACCAGAAUCACUUGAUUGUGAAGGUUCCUCCAUACCAGAACCCAGCCAUCGUGUCUGCGGUGUGUGUGGGGAUCUACGUGGUGACCAAUGCUGGCCGAUCCCACGACGUGCAGCCUUUUACAUACACUCCAGAACCAGUGGACAUAUCUGUGAAGAAAGAAGUUCCAUCUCCAGGCAAGCCCUGCUCUUUUGAUCAACGGAUGAAAGUAAUUGAUGGUGCCUUGAUGCCCCCAAUGUUGCCUCUUGUGAAGAGAGAAGAGGUCACUCCAAUGGAGGUCUACAGCAACCUCCCUUCUGCUGGCAUUUUCAAGCGAACCCCCGAUGUCAUGUGUUCGGUCCAGCAGACGCUGGACAUGAGUUCCAACCUUCCCCCCAACAGCAGCCCAUUCUCCAACUCCUUGCCGCGGUCUGCCAGUGACCCUGAUGAAUCCCAAACAGCAGUCUUCAACAGUGCAGAGGCCCUGAGCACCAUACAGAAGCAGGACAUUGCUCCCACCAACUCCUUCCCCGUGCCUGCAGACUCUCUACUCCAACCUGGGCCUCAGCAGUUCCUCCUGGAGCCCAGAGAGGGGCUGGGGCAGGACAGGGCCAGCAACAACGCUGGGGCGGUAGGGAGGCUCAGUCAACAAGUGGAGGCUCCUCAACCUGCCCCCCAGCAACACCAGCUGCCCAUAUUCCCCCCAGACGAGGUGGCCCAACUGGAACAAGCAGUGAGACAACUGCAGGCCAAAGGGUACUGCAGCCAGCAGCAACAGCGACAACAGCAACAGAUUCAACAACAACAAAUUCAGCAACAACAGCAGCAACAAAUUCAGCAGCAACAACAACAGCAGCAGCAACAAAUUCAGCAACAACAGCAGCAACAACAAAUUCAGCAACAGCAACUACAGCAACAACAGAUUCAACAACAACAAAUUCAGCAACAACAGCAAAUUCAACAGCAACAAAUUCAACAGCAACAAAUUCAACACCACCAGCAGCAACAGCAAGUAUUGGAGAACCUACAGCAGCAGCUGUUUCAGUCACAGAUCCCCAUGCAAUGUGGCAUAUUCCAGGGCGGUUCUCGAGGUGAGAACACUGAACAGCAGGGUUCCCAGCAGGGCAUGGUGCAGAACCAUGGUUCCCUCUUUCAGCAGGCCCAACAGCAGCAGCAACAACAACAGAAACAGCAGCAGCAAGCAGCACUCUUUCAGCAAGCCAAUGAGAUCCUCUCCAUUCAGACCAACUUCCUCCAUCAGACCCCUUCUCAUCCCUCUCCACCCCUCUUUCAUAACCCCACCCUGGCUGAGGCACAGGACCCACAGGGGGCACUGUUCCACACUCAGAAGGCCUCUCCCACCCAGGAGCAGGUCCAGGCAACCCUCUUCCAGAACACCCUGACAGUGUUGAGUAGGACCAGCCUCUCCCCAGAGCAGCCCCCCUCUCCCGCCAACCUGUUCCUCCCCCAGAGUACCCUGCCCGGGCAGCUCUCCGCUAGCGGUAGCCAGCAGCAGCAGCUGGCCUUCCUCAGUGCCCUGCAGACCUCUGCCACUGAGCCCCAGUCAGUGUUCCAGGCUCAGACCCAGCUUUCCCCCAUCCAGCAGGGGACCCCCAUGGAGCAGCAGCAGCCCUCCCAGCCUCAGCCCCAGCCUCAGCCACCUCAGCAGAACUCCAUGUUUCAGAACAUUUCCCCUCAUCCACCUGCAAACACUCUCUCUCAGACCCAGCAGCAGCAGGCCAGCCUACUGUUUUGCAGCAACCCCCUCUCCACUCCAGAGCAGGCCCCCAGUCUGCUGUUCAGCGGCCAGGGCCAGAUGCCCCCCAUGAGCAGCAGCAGCCUGAACUCUCAGGAGCCCCAAAACCCCUCCAUGCUGUUCUCUCAGGCCAGCAUGGUGACGGUUAGCCAGCAGGAAUCCUCUGAGCCCAUGGCCUUCCAGGACCAGAGCCAGGUGGUGGGGAACCCCUCAGAGCCUCGCCAGCAGGGCCUGUUCCAAGAGCAGCAGCCCAUGCAACUGAUCACCAGCUCCAACAACGGCCCAGAGCAGCCCGUCUCCCUCUUCAUGCCCCAAUCCAACAUGGCUGCCCUGCAGGGUUGCAUGGCUGCCCAGGAGCUCCCGCAGACGGGCAUCUUCAGCACCCAGAAUGGGGUGGCAGGUCUGCAGACCACCACCUCCUCCCCUGUGCAGCAGCCAGGGUCUCUGUUCCAGACAGCAGUCAGUGGGACCCUCAACCAGCCCAGCGAGGCCCAGCAGCCAGGCCUCUUCCUCUUUGGGAUUCAGAAUGAGUGUGGCCAGCUGAUAACCUCUCCUGGAACCACUCUGUCUGAUCAGAUCAUUGCCAUCAGUCAGUCUGGUCAGAACCAGAGAGAGAGCGAGGCCCAGAUCCAGUCGCUGCUCAACCAGUCCAUGUCUGAGUCAGGGAGCAUGCAGAACAGCAUGACCGCGUCCCAGAACAUGGAGAAGAUAGAUGACCUACUUGUCAGCCUGCAGGAGCAGGGCAACAACCUCACUCGCUCCUACUAGGCCUGCUAUAGGUUUCAGGAGCCCCGAAGACCCCCAGUGUGGACCCCCAUUACAGACGGCAGAAGACCCCAGUGUGGACCCCCAUUACAGAUGGCAGAAGAAUGGAAACAAAUUCAACAGUGGGCUCUUGUCCAAACUCCAAGUUACAUGUAAGCCUCAGCGGCCUUCUUCUCCAAGGACAGUCUUCAUGUGUAGAUGAUCCACAGUGGCGCCGAGCGGGGUACCAGUCCGCCACUGCAUCUAAACCUGGACCUCAAAAUAGGACAUAGGUUGUAGUCACCCCACAACUGCAGUGUGGUCAAUGUAUCUCACAGCUAGUCGCCUCCAGCUGUUAUUGAAACAUGACACUAUGUAAUGUUUGGCUAACUCAUCAGUUCUCAGAGCAGCACUUUGCGGUGUGGUUUUAUAAGGAUGGUGGUGGAAGCUAGCGCAGCAUUCUGUCUUCUCCAGGACCAGAGUGUGGGCUCACAAUUGUUUAUAACGCAUUGUUGUCCUUUUUAUACGAUAUUAAAAGUAUUUUAGGAAAUAGCAAAAGAAAAUAUACCAUUUGUGAAAAACAAACCUUUGUAAGAUAUUUUGACAUUAGUUCUUUCAGCACUUUACGAUGCUUUCCUUUUGUGACUAUUUCCUCAUUAAGUUGGCCCAUGCAUUCACUCGUCAGCUAUUUAUCUCUCCGGCUGUUUACUGGAUGUACAGCUCGACUACUUUAUUACUCCUGCAUGUGUGUUGAGUUAUGGCUUUAGUUUUUUAUUGCUCCUUUCAUGAAACACCCGUUUAUCUUAUUGGCAGCCAUCUUCCCAUUACCCAUUCCUAAGAAUAACUCCAACUAUUUAAGUAUUACACCAUGGAUUUCUUUCCCUGAUUAGACUCUGGAGUACGAGAGAUGCUCUAGAUUAGAGUCAAUGUGGAUCAAGAAAAAAUAAAAUCAUUCAGCCUUUAAAUCAUUCAUUUCCAGUCUACAUAAUUAAAUAAUAGGCCUACAGUUUGAAUAAAUCAGAACCAUAUAUGCGUACCAUAUACCAGUGCGCACGGUUGUCUGAUUGAUGUAAUUAAAGAGUAUAUUGUUAUUUGUAUCAUUCUAUGGCAAGUGUAGAUAAUGUGUUGUUUUGUAGUGAUGUCUCCAUGGCAGAUGUUUGUAUUAGCUCACGUCUGGCACGCACAAACUAGACUUAUCUAUAGAUCAGAGAGGAGUUUUCCGUAUGUUUGUCUUACUGUAAAACAGCAACUCUCUUGCCUACAGUGGGCCACCCCAGGACCUGAGUCAAGGCCUCAAGUCACAGCCUCCUUUUUCGUCUUCAUGAAUGGCCAGUUUUAUGGCUCAUAUUGAUUGGGGUGUUCAUAUUUGUCGUUUGAGACUAGCCAUGUUUUGACAGGGAGAAAAUGGUGAAAGUGACUGGAGCAGUUAUUUGUUUUGCCUUGACCAUGAAUGGUGGUUUGUAGUUGGAUUAUUAGUGUCAGGCGUGAUAUACAGAUGUAGCAUCUUAAUUUGAUCACUCUUUUGUUGCUGAGAAUUUUCCUGCACCUCAAGAAAUACAAACUUGGAGUUUUUCUUAUAUAUAUAUAUAUAUUGUAUUUUUUACCCCCAAUUUCGUGAUAUCCAAUUGGUAGUUGGUCUUGUACCAUCGCUGCAACUCCUGUACGAACUCGGGAGAGGUGAAGGUCGAGAGCCAUGCGUCCUCCGAAACUUGACCCUGCCAAGCCGCACUGCUUCUUGACACACUGCUCGCUUGACCCGGAAGCCAGCCGCACCAAUGUGUCGGAGGACACACUGUACAGCUGGCGACCAAAGUCAGCGUGCAUGCGCCCGGCCCGCCACAAGGAGUCGCUAGAGCGCGAUGGUACAAGGACAUUGUGCGCCGCAUCAUGGGUCUCCCAGUCAUGGCCAGCUGUAACACAGCCUGGGAUCGAACCCGGGUCUGUAGUGACACCUCAAGCGCUGCAAUGCUGCGCCUCUCGGGAGGCAUGUGUAUUUGAGUUUUGAAAAGGUUUCUAAAGUUUGUAUUUUCGACUUUGACAUUUCAGACUUGAUUUACCCUAAUGAAAAAUGUAUCAACCCCUACAAAAAUGUCCAUUAAUUAUAAUCCACAGAAUAAUUCACAUUUCCUUUUGCUGCAGGAUUAUUUUUCUGCUGUAGCAAACUGGUUCAAAUUAAGAUCCUACAUCUGUACUGCUGCCAAACUGGUUUGUGCUUUUAUUCUUUACAUGUGAGUAUUGGGCUGAAGUGGAGCCAACAGUAAGAUUGUGUCUUGUUUUUAGUCUGAAUCUGAGUAUACGCAUGAACAAGGGGCUGGUCUCUGAUGACAACAAGAACAGCUUAGUUGAGUGCCUCCAUCUUUCUCUCUUAUUGUUGUUGUCUGUUAGUGUGUGUUCUUAACAUCAUUACCUUUUUAUUCACUUUAAAAACAAGCAGAUUUUUAAAAUGGAGAGUAUUUAAACUAUUUUUAGUAAUGUGAUUGGUGGGGCCCCAUAUUCCCCAUCCCAGAGCUUGAGCUGUGUUCUUUUAGAUAUUUAAAGGACCCUACUCAUGAAGAAUGAACCAUUAAGUUGCUUUGGAGAAAAGAGCUGUCUGUGAUUGGCUUUCUUCAACUCUUGUGAAAAACUAGUACUUUUGUUUCCAAUAGUCACGAGUAUUUAUGUGAAUUUUUUAUAAGAUUUACAAAUAUUUUAUCAUAUCAUUUUUACUGGUGUAGUUCUAAUACAUCUUUUCAGAAAUCAUAUCUAAUUUAUUUGUUGUUUUUUUUGUCUUUAGAUAUUGUGUCCCACAAUCAUCUUUGUCCUACAAAUGACUUGAUGUACAAGUUUGGUUCUGAUUUAACUCCGUAAUUGUAUUAAUAUUAGUUAUGUGGAUUUGGCCCUUCCCCACCUGUUGAAACUGUAAUUGGCAGUGUUCUUGUGUGACAUAUCUGUCAGUGAAGCUUAUCUUCUCCUUCUGAGGACAGGGAUACAACUUUAUGGUUGAGGGAGUUCAAAUGUACCAUGUACACUACGAGUCACAUGUACUUUCCUGUGCAUUGUUUUCCUCCUUAGAUAGAUUUCUGUUCAUAUGCCAGGUUGAGAUCAAUUGUACAGUAUGUUUGUCCAAAGCUGAUAGUUUAAGUCAAACCCUUGUGAUAUAAUUUGUGAAACAUUGAACCUGUACUGUCACAUCUACAACUUAUUUCACCUCUUGAAUAAGGAAAGUGUAGGAAGUUAUUGGACAACUAUGCCAGUUAUAAAGCCAUACAGACAGAUAAAACAGCAUCUAUUAAAUAUUUGUUAAUAGGGUUUACAAAAAACUCCAAACGCAGAAUGUGUUUGUUACCUCAACCCGAGCAGGUUGCUAAUCAGGCCACCUUACUCAACAUUGGACCAAUUACAAUGAUAAAGUACAUUCUUUAUAUAUAGUAUACAUACAAUAUUUUGGCAGCAGCGUGUUAAUGUUUUGUGUUAUGAAUACACAAUAAGCAUAUUGAGGGGGAAAAAAUACCUAUUUUCAAAUGUAACCAAUGAAUAUCCCAAAUAGUUUGAGCUUUGACAAAAGAGGAGGGCUAUUUGGUUCUGAGGCUACAUGUUUUACAUUGAUGACGACAUGAGUCUUUGUAAUUGAGUGGCGCUAUACGUUAUUGUGCCGGUUAAGGUUCCAUUUACUGAAGACCUAAAAAUGAACUACUUUUCCUACUCAACCAAUGACUACAGAAAUGCAGAGGUCACCUUGAAAGUUAUAUUUUUACCAUAUUUGCACCCAGACUAACCAAUGAUUUAUGACAUCACAGUGUACAGCAAAUAUAUUUUAGAAGUAUUGCUCAGUACAUUGGAUGAUAUACUUGUGCCUUGACAAACUUUUAUAGUAGAGACUAGAUUUAUUGUACCAGUGUUGCCUGAUUUAUUCACCGCUGUGACACUUGUCAGUGGUUAUUAGCCCUUGAUAACUAGUAUCAAGCCAUACGACUUGUGUGCUUCUAAUGCCGUACAGAGAUGAGUGACCAGAUAAAUGUAUAGUGUUGUGCAAUUUGUUGUGCAUCUGAUUUUAUUUUCACGAAAAUGUUAAUUUGCAUUUGUUGUUUAACGUCGUUGCAAUUGAAGUUUUGUCUCAAACUGCUAUGCAGCUUGAUUCAAUAUAAAUGUACAUCUGUUACUUUUUUAAUAUAGAUUUGAUCUAUCUAGCCACUCUUGAUUGUUCAUUGCAAAGGGGAAACGAUAACGAAAUAUUGUAAUUCUGUUAAUUAUUUAUGUAGCUUUUUGAAAUAGUAUUGAUACUGUGUGCCACCGGGAUUUAUUUUUAUGAUUGGGCUUGUGUCAGUCAAGACUAACACAAAUUUCACCUAAUUCAAACAAACUUUUCAUUCAGAAUUUUUAUCACAGGUGUUUUGUUUAUAUUGUAAUUGUCAUCAGUUAGUCUGUUCACACACUUCUGUUUGUGUCCCCUUAACCUGUCAGGCUUUGGUUUGAUGUGAAAGUCUGCUUUAUUUCCAUUAGGUUUUUUUCUGCUGGGGAUAUAGUGAACCUGUUGAUAGCAUUGACAGGUUAUAGGUAUGGGGAGUGCAUAUCACCUAUGUGUUUUUACCUACCAUGUCAACAACCGUGAAAUAUUACCUUUGAAAAAAUGAAUCGAUAUAAAUGUAUUUUUGCUUUUGUUGGGGCAUUUGUAUACUCUUGCAAUUAUAUUUAUGUAAACCUGCUGGUAUCUAUAUUAAUAAAGAUAGAUGAUACGUUU